AUGGGGGCAAUGAUGUCGAGGUUCUGGUUCAUGUUGUUCCCUGCAAAAGAGUAUAAGAUUGUUGUUGUUGGAUUGGAUAACGCUGGAAAAACCACGACCCUUUACAAAUUGCAUCUGGGUGAGGUUGUAACUACCAACCCUACUGUUGGUAGCAACGUUGAAGAGCUCGUCUACAAGAAUAUACGAUUUGAGGUCUGGGAUCUUGGUGGACAAGAAAGACUUAGGACAUCAUGGGCAACAUAUUACCGAGGAACUCAUGCUGUUAUUGCGGUUAUAGACAGCAAUGAUAGAACGAGGAUCUCUGUCAUGAAGGAUGAACUUUUUAGGUUGCUGGGGCAUGAAGAUUUACAAAAUUCUGUUAUUCUUGUCUUUGCUAACAAACAAGAUAUCAAGGAUGCUAUGACUCCUGCUGAGAUCACUGAUGCAUUAUCUCUUCACAGUAUCAAGGAUCAUGAUUGGCAUAUACAGGCUUGUUGUGCCCUCACCGGAGAAGGGUUGUAUGAUGGUCUUGGAUGGAUUGCCCAGCGAGUAACGGGCAAAGCCCCAACAUGA